GCACAAAGCAAAUCACCCCUUGCCCUCCGUUUAAUUUACUAAGCUACAGCUCUCGCCCCUUUUUUUUUUUCCUUCUACUUCUAGUAGUACGUACUAGAUCCAUUUGCUCAUUAUUCUCUCUCCAUUUCCUAACCUUCUUUAAUUACCUGUUUGCAUGGCAUCAAGCUCAAUUUCCUCCCGCAGCAGCUCAUCGUCAGGUUCUUGGACCGUAACACAGAACAAAGCCUUUGAAAAGGCUUUGGCCGUGUACGAUAAGGACACACCUGACCGCUGGUCCAAGGUGGCCAGGGCCGUUGGUGGGAAAACCCCAGAUGAGGUGAAGAGGCACUAUGAAAUCCUUGUUGAAGACAUCAAGCAAAUCGAGGGCGGUCAUGUGCCGUAUCCCAACUACAGGACCACCGCUUCAGGGUGAAAAGCCUGGAGCUCUGGUGAAGCACAGAAGGCGUCCAGUCGUGAAGAAAUUAAGAUGCAAGAGUUCAUUAUCAUUCAGCUCUGUUCUAAACAUGCAUGGAUGGAGUCUUUAUUCAAAAAAAUAAUCAAGAAAAGCAAGUAGAAUAUUUGUGUAAUCCCAGUCGUACUAUAGUACGAGUACUUGCAGUAUUUUCUACCUUUGAUAAGAAUGUCUUGUAAAACGUGGAAGCAUUUCGCUUUCAUUAUUUUCAGUAAUCAAUUCCAGUCGUACUUAUUACUACUAGUAAAUCAA